GUCUCUUGCAGCAGAUCAGCUACUAAAACUUAUGAGCACAGUGGAUCCAAAGUUGAACCAUGUAGCUGCAGGUCUUGUUUCACCAAGUCUGAAAUCAGAUACCUCCAGUAAAGAAAUAGAAGAAGCUAUGAAAAGAGUACGAGAAGCACAGUCAUUAAUUUCUGCUGCUAUAGAGCCAGACAAAAAAGAUGAAAAACGAAGGCAUUCAAGGUCAAGGUCACGCUCAAGGAGGAGGAGGACACCUUCUUCAUCUAGACACAGACGGUCAAGAAGCAGAUCAAGGAGAAGGUCCCAUUCAAAAUCAAGAAGCAGGAGGCGAUCUAAAAGUCCAAGGCGAAGAAGAUCUCAUUCCAGAGAGAGAAGCAGAAGGUCUAGGAGCACAUCCAAAACCAGGGAUAAAAAGAAGGAAGAGAAAGAAAAGAAACGUUCUAAAACACCUCCCAAAAGCUACAGCACAACUAGACGAUCAAGAAGCACAAGCAGGGAAAGAAGACGUAGAAGAAGCAGGAGUGGAACGCGUUCACCUAAAAAACCCAGGUCUCCUAAAAGGAAAAUGUCCCGGUCCCCAUCUCCAAGAAGGCAUAAAAAGGAAAAAAAGAAGGAUAAAGACAAGGAGAGAAGUAGAGAUGAGAGGGAGCGGUCAACAAGCAAGAAAAAGAAAAGCAAAGACAAAGAGAAGGAUCGAGAACGGAAAUCUGAGAGUGAUAAAGAUGUGAAACAGGUCACAAGGGAUUACGAUGAAGAAGAACAGGGAUAUGACAGCGAGAAGGAGAAAAAGGAAGAAAAGAAACUGGCAGAUUCUUCCUCCCCUAAAGGAAAGGAGUCUGCUGCCGAUAAAGGAAGUGGAGAUUCAUCAAGGGAAUCCAAAGUAAACGGGGAUGAUCAUCAUGAAGAGGACAUGGAUAUGAGUGACUGAAUUUUGCCUUUGCAGUGAACACGGCUGCAGACAUGCAUCAGUGUCAUUCCUGUGUGAUUCUUUUAUGCUGUACUUGUUAAUCCUAAAUCUAGAUGUAUACAGCUCCAAGCUAUACAUGGUUUGUAAAUCUUCUGAUACUAACUUGCAUCCAAGGCUUUGUAGAAAGGUAACCAUUCUUGUUACGGCCGAAAGGGAUUGCGUAGCCAAGCAAUUUUUACUAACUUGGUGAUGCUUCAAGCAAAAGUAAAAAGCUGCAUGCAUCUACAGCAGGCAUGGACUGUUUGUUGUAUGAUCUCCUUUAGUAAAUCAGCUCACUUACGAUAGUGUCUCUAGAAUAUGAUUCAUUGCAGUAAUAGAGCA